AUGGAUGAAGGGUUAAUCAAUGGAGUUGUCUUUUUAGAUCUAAAAAAGGCAUUUGAUACCGUUGACCAUGCUAUUUUAUUAAACAAAUUAUAUUUAUAUGGAGUGAGAGGAAGGGCGCAUGACUGGUUUAGGUCCUAUCCGUCUAAUCGUACCCAGUAUUGUCAAGUUAAUGGCAAACUGUCUGAACCACGAACAAUAAUUACUGGUAUUCCGCAGUGCUCAAUUCUUGGACCCUUACUCUUUCUUGUUUACAUAAAUGACUUGCCAAAUUGCUUAAAAAGUGCGGAUUGUAACAUGUUUGCUGAUGAUACUCAAUUAAGAACGGCAAAUAAGGAUGUCAAAGUAAUUUUUGAAACGUUAAAUGAUGACCUAGCAAAUAUUUCAGUUUGGAUGGCGGCCAACAAGCUGAGCCUGAACAAAAGCAAAACUAAAUACAUGUUUAUUGGAUCACAUCAAAAACUUAAACAGUGUAACUCCGAAUUGCAAAUAAAAAUUGGAGAUACGCCUAUUCAACGAGUAACCGUUACUAAAUCACUGGGUAUGAUGGUAGAUGAGACCUUAACCUGGCAUUCUCAAACAGAUCUAAUAACAAAGAAAGUGAACAAGGAUCUUUAG